AUGGCUGGUGCAGGGUUCCGCUCACACAUUAUACAGCUUCUUCGAGCAUUUGUCUGCACAUGCCUUGUUAAAACUGGCUUCAACCAAGAGUAUCCGCUUGCCAUUGCUCCAAGAAGCGCUGAGACGAAGGAGUUUGUGAAUAUAACAUUAUUACAAUUCAGUGUUCAAGAAAAUACAACUAAUAAAGCAGGUUUUCAAAAAGCUGAAGAAGUGGACAGUACUCAUUAUCCAAGCAAUACAAUUUGGACACCCAGCCGAAAAUUGGCGACCGAAGAAGUUCGUCGCAAAUUGCUUUUCUUCUGGAUCACAGUAGCUGUGAUUAUCGUCCUCUGGAUACUAAUCUUGAUCGCAACUAGUGCAAUUGUUUAUAUACGGAUUGUUCAUAUGCAUCAUACCUUUUCGCAAAUAUUUUGUCCAAAAGACUGA